ACGUUGACUAAAGACACGUUUAUAACGCAUCAUCAAAUUGAAAACAAAUAUGUCAGCCUUCGAUGUAGUUUGGGCAUAAGAAGAAGGAAGGUUUAGCAGAACAACAAAAUCUUUAUCGAAGGUUUAAUAAUGGUUGUCUCUGACUCAAUCAUCUUGCGAGUGAAAGGUCCUCUGGAGUUGAAGUGCCAGCUGGAUAGCACCAAAGUGCCACACAUACAAUCGAUGAUCAACAAAACUUUUGAGGCCCUCUGCUCAAAAGUGAAAUCAGAUUCCCUCGUCCUAAACGUUUGUAAUAGUCCAGUCUUUAUCUGGCCUAACAAAGAUGUAUUCGCAAAAUCUGACAACAUCACGGCUAACACAUCGUGCAUGGAUCUUCUACACUUCCAGACGGACCAGGAAAGCACUAGCAAGAAAUCAGGAAAAAAGAAAGGAAAAAAGAAUAGCAUCAUAAACAUGAACCUGAUGACCGAGGUGACAGAGCCAGUCCUCUCCUCAGCCCCUGUGCUACACAGAAGCACAAAGCACCACUUCAUCCACACAAUCCUACCCAUGGACUGUGUGGUCACUGUGCCUAUUGAUGAGACUCUCAAAGUUGCAUGCGGACGCCUGAUGGGGGCGCUCAGCAGCCAGCUGUGUGAAAUGCAGACUGUAACCCUUCAGCACAUGAAGGAAACAGUCGUAUUGGUGCCACAGGCAUUCCAUUUCCUCCUGCCUGAACCCACAGGACUGGUGACUGUGAUCUACCCUGCUGGGGUGCCAGACUCUCAGCUGGAUGUUGUUCGAAAGGAGUUGCAUCAUCGGUUUGAGCUGCCAGAUGAUAAACCCUAUCUCAAAAGAGCCAAUGCCUUCCACUUCCCUGAUGAGCCCUACAAAGAUGGCUACCUCAGAACCCCUCAUGUUAACCUUAAUCACCCCACUCUGGAGAACGGCAAGCUGUAUCUGGUCCAGGGGGUGUAUUGCUACCACCACUACAUGCAGGAUCACAUGGAUGAUAAUGGCUGGGGCUGUGCCUACCGCUCCCUCCAAACCAUCUGCUCCUGGUUCCUGUGCCAGGGCUAUGUGGAACAAGCUGUGCCCAAUCACAAGGAGAUACAAGAGGCCUUGGUGGCUGUUGGGGACAAGCAGAACAACUUUGUGGGCUCUCGCCAGUGGAUCGGCUCUAUCGAGGUCCAGGCUGUGCUUAACCAGCUCCUGGGAGUCACCUCCAAGAUCAUGUUUGUCAGCCAAGGUUCUGAGUUGGCCUCAAAAGGCAGAGAAUUGGCCAACCACUUCCUGGAAGAAGGAACUCCAGUCAUGAUUGGUGGUGGUGUAUUAGCACACACUAUCUUAGGCGUGUCGUGGAGUGAGACCAGCGGUCAGAUUCGCUUUCUUAUCCUGGACCCACAUUACACUGGGGCUGAGGACCUGCAGGUCAUCACAGACAAGGGCUGGUGUGGAUGGAAGGGACCUGAAUUCUGGGAUCAGAAUGCCUACUACAACCUGUGUCUGCCUUUGAGACCAAAGACCAUCUGAGUUCUGUCCUCAGUUAACUAUAAUUGUUUCAUAUGUGCCACAGGAAAAAAAGAAAAUAAAAUGUAAAAAUAAACAACCUGUAAUUAAAGGAAAUGUGAUGUAUGGUACACUGUAAUACACACAGGCUACAGUGUUCUACAGGCUUUAAAAGUGUGUUAAUUUCUUUAAUGUUGGUAAACUGUACAAAUACUAUGACAUUUACAGAAUUAUCCCAAAGAUACUCCUGUGUUGGCUGUGUCCAGGUUCAUUGUCCUGUUAUGGGUCAGAAUAACCAGAAAUGCAUACUGGCUUGUAUAUUUGAAUUCAUCUCAUGAAAUACUACAUACUGUAGUGUAGAGGGUAUGUAACUAAAUUGUUGACUGACAAUUAUUAGUGCAGUAUUAAACAUAUUUUUUUCCUUUGACAUGGGCCAACCAGCAGAGGGUAGUAGAACAGUACUAAUCCAAGGGUUUUCUAUGUUGUUUGAACCUAUUCACAAUUUGGAUGAUCGUCCCUAUUAUAUCCCAUGUCGUAUUGUUGAUCGUAAGAGAGUAUGAUGUUUAGAAAGACAUUUGAUUUAUUAAAAACUGUUUUUGAUUACUGAUA